GAUCCCUGGAGUAUAUAACGUUGAAAAGCAAAAAGAAAAUGCUUGGAAUGAAGGUUGGAGUUUAAUUGUUCGCGACCUCUGUGAAGAUUUUGACAUGUUGACAAUUAUUUCUCUCAAAAAGAUUUGAUUUGCGCAAAAGUUUUGAGGUUAUCCUUGUCAAAAGCUGCGGUACUGGUAGGGUAAUCUGCAAGUACAGUAGCUUUCUUUUUUCUAGUCACAACUAGUCAGGAACCAAACGUCAAAAGGAGACAGAAUGGAAUGAUUGUCACUUUCGAGUUUGUGGUCUCCACUUCUUGCGCUAAGAAGAUUAUAGAUCAUGUAGAUACGAUGAAUUCUGCAAAGAUCGCGAAUGUGGAGCGAUCGACUCAGAGGAAGGCGAGCUGGAAAAACAUUCAAGUAAUCACGAGGUUGUUGGAUGGAUUUGUGUAUGACAUUUUUAAUAAACUUUGAUAUUCAUGAACACAAAGCACCAAAGACUUGACACUAAACAAACAAACAAACAAACAAACAAACCAUUAGAUUCUGAAAUUUUCUGGAAAGGCCCUCAAAAAUUACGAGCAAUUUUUAUAAUUCUCAUUGUGUUGCUGGAGAUAAACCAUUUGUUUAAAAAAAAAACUAAAAAAACAAAAACCUCAUGAAAUCGUCACCUGAAUUGAAAAACCAUUGCUUAUCCAUACUGAAGGGCAAACCAUGUUGUGGAAUUGACUUUUCACAAAAAAAACCACUUGACUACCUAUUAGACUUCCACACUGGGAGAAACCAUCUACUUGUGAUCUUAGUGGAAAAGAUUCAAACAGAAAACAUCUCGGCAGAACAUCAGAAGUUUUUAAUCCAAUGAUAAAAUCAUCCCAACAUGAAUUCUGGAACUGAGACAGUUGAAGUUGUUUGUGAUAUGAAUCACCCAAAAGACCAAACUGAAACAAAACCAGUUAUUUGUGAAGUUUGUGGCGAAGCCUUUUUAACAAAUCUUUGCCUAACCACCCAUUGCUGUGACCUUACUAAAGAGAAAUCAAUUGUAAACAACUUUUGUGGAAAAGAUUUGUCUAGAAUAGGCGGUAUAAAUACACAACAAAGAGUCAAAUGUGAGGAGGAAGAAUAUACUUCUGAAUUUUGUGGAGCAGUAAUUUCACAAAAAUGCACACUGACAAAACAUCAACUUGUCCACACUGGAGACAAACAAUUUGUUUGUGACAUUUGUGAAAAAUCUUUUUCAACAAGCCGAUACCUUUCCAUCCAUCAGCGUGUCCACACCGGAAAGAAACCAUAUAUUUGUGACAUUUGUGAACAGGCCUUCUCACAAAGACAUUGCCUGACGGACCACCAGCGUAUCCACACUGGAGAGAAACCAUUUAUUUGUAACACUUGUGGAAAAGCCUUCUCACAAAAAAAUACACUAAAAAAGCAUCAGAUAGUCCACACUGGAGACAAACCGUUUGCUUGUGACAUUUGUGGAAAAGCUUUUGCGCAAAGUAACAACGUGACUGAACAUCUACGUGUUCAUACUGGAGAGAAACCAUUCGUUUGUGAUAUUUGUGGAAAAGCGUACUCGCAUAAAACAAACUUGAGUGUCCAUCAGCGUGUUCACACUGGAGAAAAACCAUUUGUUUGCAACUUUUGUGGAAAAGCCUUCUCACAGAGACGUUUCCUAACAGAUCAUCAGCGUAUUCACACUGGAGAGAAACCGUUUGUUUGUGACAUUUGUGAGAAAGCCUUCUCACAAAAAUAUACACUGAAAAUGCAUCAGAUCGUCCACACUGGAGAGAAACCUUUUAUUUGUGACAUUUGUGGAAAAGGAUUUUCUUUCAAAGGAGGUUUAAAGACUCACCACAGAGUCCACACUGGAGAAAAACCAUUUGUUUGUGACAUUUGUGGAAGAGCAUUUUGUCAAAGUGGGAGUCUACUUUGUCACCAGCUAGUUCACACCGAAGAGAGACAUUUGCUGACGCCAUUUGUGGCCAAACCGCCUCCUGAAGAAAAACUCUGACCGCCUAUACUAGUAGCCAAAAUAAGAACUUUGUUACAUCUGUGCUAAAAGAGGUACAUUAGACUUUUGGACAUUUUUUUCUGGACAAGUUGUUAAAUGUCUGUCGCGGUGAUAGUGUUCCGACUCUCUACAAGAUUCCCGCGACACUGGCGGUAUUCUCGCGAGACUGCUGGUCCCUCGAGAGUACUACUCUCGCAGAGACCUGAAUCAUUAUGCCACCACUAUGACUCAACUAUCACAGCGACAAACCAUAAACGACUUGUCCACAAGUGAACAGAAGUGAACCCACACAAACUUGCCAGUUUACUGUAAUGUUAAAGUUGUUUAUUGAUCAUUACAAAAAUGAACUCUGGAAAAAAUUACUUGUUCAUGAUGUGAAUCAUGAUUCAUCAGAUGUUUGUAGAACAGAAUGUUUGAAGAAGGGAGUUAAGUUAAAACAUCCCAACGUGAUAUAUCUUGUUUUGACCAAUCAGAGUCUGUAAACUGUCCAAGGUAUUUAUUAAUAGAAAAUAACUUUUACUUGAGGGAUAAUAUGUUUAGGCCCAGAGUAUUUUUGUUUUAUUGACAUUGAAAAAUGCCUCAGGCAAAGAAUGCGGUGCACGGUGGUCUAGCUAGAGGUCAAGUUUGAUCAAUAGUUAGACCAGCAUGCACCUCAUUCAACAGUUUGCGCUUGCAAAGUGGGUGUUUGAAAAAAGGUUUAUGAUAUUUGAAGUGGUUGAUAGUUUCAUUAUUAAAUCACAAUGGUUCUUUUUUCUUUAAAUCAGUGUCACCUUGUUUUCAUUGCUGUUUCGCACUUCUGAGAAAAUUCAAGCUUUUUGAGUGUUUUUUUAUACUCAUCGAUAGUUUGGAGAUUUUCAAAUCGUAACAUCCUAAUUGGGGACUUUUUGGACACUUGGUAAUAUUAUGUGCACGCUCAGGUUUUGUUAAUUAAAUUUUUUUAAGUUAUCAACCACAAGGGUAAAUUUUAAAUUUGGGGCUGAACAUAGACAAAUUGACUUAGAGAGCGGGAUUUGAACCAACAACCUCUGCGUUCCGGUGCUCUACCAACUAUCAAGUCCUUUUGCCAAAAUCUUUGUUUUCGGAUGCCACUGGGGGAAACUACCGGGAUUACACCCAUAAAAGUGGGUAAUGUAGGGGAAAACCUUUAUUUCCCUUUUUGGGGGGUGAGGUGAUCAAAAUUCAUUGAAAAGUAAACAAAACACAAGACAUAAAGCUGUGAAAUAAAUUUGUGUUGAUUUGAUUCAUAAAAAAACAGUUGUAU